CUGGGUGUGUUUUGAGGUUAAAACUCUGCUCCCACUUGUUGCUGAAGUUGCGCGUCUCAGUUUCAGGAAGCCCUUUCCUUCACCAGAUGCGGAGCACGAGCUCUCCCGAUGUCUGACGAAGGCGAGGGGCUCCGUGCCUCCUCUUCCUCUCCCUCCCCGCCCUCCUCUCAAGCUCCUGCCGUUCAGACUCGUCUCCCUCAGCCGCCGAGACCCCUGAAGCGGCGGGCAUCUGCGCCACUUCCACGCACCGACUCGCGACCCAGAGACGCGUUUCCCAGCGAUCCGCUGGACUUGAUCGGGCGCUCGCCGGCGCGUAUAGGGCGAUGCUGCGCCGCGUCUCCGGUGCGCGACGGUCUCCAGAACCGCGGACAGCGGCGGCGCUCGCCACACAGAGCCGACCAUGAGACGCGCAGCCCGGAGGAGUUGAUCGAGACCCCGUACAGCUGCGCUCCACCGGACACGUCAGAGGUCAUGCAUCGCAGGCACACCACCCUGCGAGAGAAGGGCCGUCGGCAGGCCAUCCGAGGCCCUGCCUACAUGUUCAACGAACGUGGCACCAGCCUCACGGCAGAGGAGGAGCGUUUCCUUGAUGCAGCAGAGUACGGUAACAUUCCCGUUGUGCGCAAAAUGCUGGAUGAGUCCAAAACGCUUAACUUCAACUGCGUAGACUACAUGGGGCAAAACGCGCUGCAGUUAGCAGUCGGUAACGAGCACCUGGAGGUCACAGAGCUCUUGCUAAAGAAGGACGGGAUGGCACGCAUUGGCGACGCGCUUCUUUUGGCGAUCAGCAAAGGUUACGUGCGAAUCGUGGAGGCCAUUUUGGCUCAUCCGGCAUUCGCGGGUGGUUUGAGACUGACUUUGAGCCCGCUGGAGCAGGAACUGAGGGACGACGACUUCUAUGCUUACGACGAGGAUGGGACGCGGUUUUCGCACGAUGUGACGCCGGUGAUUCUGGCCGCGCACUGUCAGGAGUACGAGAUCGUACACAUCCUGCUGAUGAAGGGCGCCAGGAUCGAGCGGCCGCAUGACUACUUCUGCAAGUGCUACGAGUGCACAGAGAAACAGAGACGCGACUCGUUCAGUCACUCCAGAUCGCGCAUGAAUGCAUAUAAAGGGCUUGCUAGCGCCGCCUACCUGUCACUGUCCAGUGAAGAUCCCGUACUGACCGCACUAGAGCUCAGCAAUGAACUCGCACGACUUGCUAACAUAGAGACGGAGUUUAAGGAUUUAAUUGACAGGUGGGUUGGGUACAGGAAGUUGUCCAUGCAGUGUAAGGAUUUCGUGGUGGGCGUUCUGGAUCUCUGUCGUGACACAGAGGAAGUGGAGGCCAUUCUGAACGGUGAUGUGGACCAGAACCCGCCCACAGAACACCAGAGACCCUGUCUGAGCCGCAUCAAACUAGACUUUAAAUAUGAUGUUAAACGAUAUAUCGCACACCCCAAUUUGUCGUCCUCCUCUUUUCUCAUCUGGUAUGAGAAUCUGUCGGGUUUGCGGCAGCAGUCCAUCGGGGUGAAGUGUUUGACCGUUCUGGGCGUCACUGUCGGAUUGCCUUUCCUCGCCAUCGCCUUACUGGAUCUGCUCCGGCAGCAAGCUUCCAGUUACAUAAUGUACCAUGGUAUUGGUGCUGUAUUUUCAGUAAAGCUCUCUGUGUGUGUUUCUGUUGCAGCGAGGAACAGGUGGAGGCCGUCGGAUCCUCAGCUGAUCUCGGAGGGUCUGUACGCCAUCGCUGUGGUCCUGAGCUUCUCUCGCAUCGCCUACAUCCUGCCAGCCAAUGAGAGCUUCGGCCCACUGCAGAUCUCUCUGGGACGAACGGUGAAGGACAUCUUCAAGUUCAUGGUCAUCUUCAUCAUGGUUUUCGUGGCCUUUAUGAUCGGCAUGUUCAACCUGUACUCAUAUUACCUGGGGGCCAAAUAUAACCCCGCCUUCACCACGGUUGAGGAGAGCUUUAAGACUCUGUUCUGGUCCAUAUUUGGUCUGUCGGAGGUGAUUUCUGUGGUUCUGAAGUAUGAUCAUAAGUUCAUCGAGAACAUCGGUUACGUUUUGUACGGGGUUUAUAACGUCACCAUGGUGGUUGUUCUUCUCAACAUGCUGAUCGCAAUGAUCAACAGCUCCUACCAGGAAAUUGAGGAAGACGCUGAUGUGGAGUGGAAGUUUGCUCGUGCUAAACUCUGGUUGUCAUAUUUCGAUGAAGGACGGACGCUGCCUGCGCCGUUUAACCUGGUGCCCACUCCAAAAUCCUUCUACUAUCUGAUCAUCCGGGUCAAGUCCUGCCUUAUACAACUGUGUAAGGGCAAAGGUCAUCGGCAUGAAAGUGAGCUGGAGAUGGGAAUGCUCAAUUCACGCCUAAAGGCUGAUCGCCAUCGAGCAAAUGUUAGAAGCCGAGAGGAGAACACUUUCAAAAAACCCAUCAAAAACCCCACAAGAUAUCAAAAGAUAAUGAAGCGCUUGAUUAAGCGCUAUGUUUUGAAGGCUCAGGUCGACAGAGAGAAUGAUGAAGUUAAUGAAGGUGAACUGAAAGAAAUAAAACAGGACAUCUCCAGUCUGCGCUACGAACUUCUGGAAGAAAAAUCUCAGGCCACUGGAGAACUGGCUGACCUUAUUCAACAACUCAGCGACAAGUUCGGCAGGAACGCCAAGAAACAACCUUGAGACAGACAGACAGAUGGAGAGAGUUAUACGGUAGUUUAGGAGCAGUAUCUGGACACUUAAGACACUUAAAAAUGUCUGAAUGUCAUUCAUUAGAUACAAAAUGCAUACAAAAGAUGCACAAACACAAUUUACAAGCAAAAUAGAUGAAAGACGGAUGUUUGUAUGGUUUGAUAUGAUAAAAUGGAUCUAGUGUAAAGACAGACAGUAUUGCAUUUGUUUGUUUAUGGUUAGUGGAUGAUGUGCUAGUUGAUGAGAUUAUCUGACAUCUGUGUGAAUUUGAAGCUUAAUUCUGCCAAAAAAAAUAAAUAAAAUAAACUGUAAUUUUAUCUCACAAUUCUGACAUUUUUCUGGACCUGAACUGAAAAUGUUUUUCUUAAAAUUGUGGGCAAAUCUACUUGCAAUUUGGAGAAGAAAAAUCUGAAUUGUGAGAUAAACUAGCAAUUGCGAAAAAAGGCGGAAUAACAAGAUUCCCGCAAAUGUGAGAUAUAAACGACCUAUUCUGAGAAGAAAAGUCCAAAUUGUGAGAUAUAAACUAGCAAUUGUGAAAAAAAGUCUGAAUUACGAGAUUCCUGCAAUUGCGAGAUAUAAACUAACUAUUAUGAGAAUAAAAGACAGAAUUGUGAGAUAUAAGCUACCAAUUCUGAGAAGAAAAGUCUGAAUUGUGAGAUAUAAUCUAGCAAUUGCGAAAAAAAAGUCUGAAUUACGAGAUUCACGCAAUUAUGAGAUAUGACCUACCUAUUCUGAGAAUAAAAGACCAACUUGUGAGAUAUAAACUAGCAGUUCUGAGAAGAAACGUCCGAGUUGUAAGAUAUAAACUAGCAAUUGCAAAAAAUAAGUCUUAAUUAUCAGAUUCCCGCAAUUGCGAGAUAUGAACUACCUAUUCUGAGAAUGAAAGACCAAAUUGUGAGAUAUAAACUAGCAGUUCUGAGAAGAAAUGUCCGAAUUGUAAGAUAUAAUCUAGCAAUUGCAAUAAAAAAGGUCUGUAUUACGAGAUUCUCGCAAUUACGAGAUAUGAACUACCUAUUCUGAGAAUGAAAGACCAAAUUGUGAAAUAUAAACUAGCAGUUCUGAGAAGAAACAUACAAAUUGUAAGACAUAAAUUAGCAAUUGCAAAAAAAAAGUCUGAAUUAUGAGAUUCCAAAUUUUGAGAAUAAAAGACCAAAUUUUGAGAUAUUACUAAGCAAUUGUAAAAAAAAAAAAAAGGCUGAAUUACGAGAUUCCCGCAGUUGCAAGCUAUAAGCUACCAAUUCUGAAAGGAAAAGUUUGAACUAUGAGAUAAAAAGUCUUCUUAGAAUUGUGAAAUAACAUCUCAAGCUUAUGUUUUGUAAUUCUGACUUUUUUUUUUCUUAGAAAAAAGGGAUUAAAAAGUUGCAAUCAAAUUUUUUUAUUUAUUUUUAUUCUGUAGUGGAAACAAGCUUCCAUAGAACUGAAUUCAUAGAUCCACUAAAAAUCAACAGCUAAGAAAAGAUUCUAGACGCACGGAUACAGACACACAUACAGACACACACACACACACACACACACACACACACACUUGAUUUAAUGAAUCACAUUCAGACAUUUGUAAUGAUAGUAAAUAUGGGAUGUUGUUGUUGCAUUAAAGUGAAAAAAGAGUAGUAAUGUUUUCUGAUAAUAAAACCGCUUUAGUUCCCCAGACUGAUUCGAUUACAUCAUCAGUCCAAUCAAAAUGAUUUAUCUCAGAGCUGGUUGGUAAGUGAAGGAAAUGAGCAAACAGGACUGUCUGGGAUCCGUGAAUGAUGAACUGAUGUGAAUUCACUCAGAUACUGAACAUCUUCCAGAAAAGAGAGUGAGAGAUGAGAAAAAGUGAGAGGAGAGACAAACAGACUAAACGAGGGUAAAAGGCUCAAAGCAGGUAUGCAGUGCAUUCUGGGAUAUAGCCUCCCUUAAGAGUCAUUUCCUGUCCUGAGAUUGUAUCUCAAGGGAGACAAACAUAAAGAGAAAAGGAAAACAGUAGAUAAAAACACUGUGAUGUUGACCAGUUAUGAUAUGAUUUAAUUUAAAAAUAUUUGAAACAUUUAAUUAUGAGUCAGAUGAGCAGUAACAGUGAGAAGGUGCAUAAACAUCUUUUUCCUCUUCACACCAUACAGGCCAUCUAAUUAACACAAGAACACAGACACACACACAGGCAAAUCUCACAAAAAAAAAAAAAAAUUCACCCAGUGAUCAAAAGAGAAAAAAUAUA